ACCAAAAGGUGGUGGUGGGAGUUACGAGUACCGCUUCCCACUUCGGUGGUGGAACCGCGAUUCAGACAUCCGUGCCAAUCAGGAGACGGAACACCGUUGGAUCCGAAUGAUGAUCUUCGUUCAUUCACAGUUGGUUCAACGCCGGUUCCGUGGCUUGCUUGCGUGUGUGGCCCAAGCAUGACUCGGACUCGGACAUCAACCAUCCAAAUGGCUGGGGAGGACUAUUUUGUAGCGUUUGCUUCUCACAACUAUCGAACUUGAAACAUACAACACCUCAACAACUCUAACUACACACACUUUUGAAAGCAAUGGCAUACAUCGAACUGAAACCAUUGACGACACCUGCUUACACAGGAGACAUAAAUCAAUACAUGAAAGAUCUCGUCUUCACAUUUCCGCGAGACAGGGUUCCGCUUCUGUUGGAAGGACGUUUAACUCUGGGAGCAUGGAUGUCUACCUACGACAACCUGCUGGAACGAUAUCGAUUAGCAAUGGAAGAUUGUGAUGAAUGUAUUCAAAAACAUCGAUGGAUGAUGGCUCCCUUCGUGUUGCCGUGCUUGAUACCAGUCUUUUUCCCAUUCAUGUUCUACUCUUUCUCCAAGAUUUCACAGAAAGCCCGAGACCAUGAGCAAGCCUUUGUACAGCUGGCUGAAGAUCAAGCAGACAUCUAUCAACAAUAUGGGAUACAAGUCACUCUUGCCAAAGAGCUGCGGAGAUAUGGAUCGGACGAUGGAACUCCAACCCGGCAAAAGAAUCUGAAGGAUGUCAUCGUAGGACUCAGAUUUGAUGUUGGUUCCUUGGCAUGGGACCCUUGUUUCAGUGCCAACGAGCAGCGGUUAACCCAAAACCCAACCGACAUUCCGGGACGCAUUCCUCUGUCUUUGUAGACCGAGGCAAUCCUGCUGGUGGCACCUGUGUCUCCAAAACUACACCGUCAUAAGAAUAGACUAUAGAAUAUCCCACUACAUAGACUCAUCAAAGCAAGCAUGACUGGAUCCAACAAAGCAACGGUAGCUUCCCAGCAGGGCUUCGUUAGCC